AUUUUCAGUGAACUCUUUCUCUAUUCUCUUUGAGGUUUCAUCUUUUUUUUUACUGUUCUUUUCUCUUCCUCCCAGUCUAAAAUUCUCUUCUCUCUCGGGUCUUAUUUUUUAUUCCUCUUUACUUCAUGUUCAUUUCUCUCUCACUCACUCUCUUUCUUUCCUCCCUCUUUCUCAUUUCAACUGAGCAGCAAUGAGUGAAUCAUGAUGAUGGUGAUAAUUUUUGCUACUGUUAGUUUUCAUUCAUCUUCUUCUAAUCUUCCUCUUCUCAUGUCCUCCUCAUCUCAAUUUCUCUGUUGAUAUUUGUUUUUAAUCUGAUAUUUUUGUUUCUCUUUCUUCAUAUUCUGGUUCUUGUGUCUACUUAUUGUAUCCCAACAUCUCUCUCUCACUCUCUUUCUAUUUAUACUGUUUCCUUUUCUUCAACAUUACCCAUCAUCAUCUCCAUCAAUUUAUUGUGAUUCUCUUUCAGGACUAUGUAUGUGUUUGGUCAAGUGUAAUUAAAAUCUAAUUGUGAUCUGGGUCAUCUGACAAGUGCAACUUAAAUUCAUCUUGUCUCUUUCUCACACACAAACACCAUCAACAUCAUCAUUAUCUUCUGAUUUUCCCUCUCUACAAAAAUGUAUCUCUCUCGCAUUUCUAACUAGUGUAUUGUCUUGUUAUUGCUUUGAAAAUCAGUAAUCUCCGAUCAGAUAAUUUGAUUGAAUUUCCACCUAAUCAAUUUAUUGUUAUCUAAACCAAUUCUAAGAGUUUUGGUGGAACAUUUGUUUCUAUUCUUUUUCAUGUUGGUCUAAUGACUAUGUCUCAUCACAGUGAUGAAGCGAUGCUGGUCUCCAGUAGUGACAGUUUCUGGGAACCAGGAAACUAUAAAAGAACAACGAAACGAACGGAAGAUGGUUUCAAAUUGUGUAAUGAUUUAAUUCAAUUAGUUAGUGAGAGAAGUGAAAUCGAGAAAAAUUAUGGUAAAUCUUUACGUGGAUGGGCCAAGAAAUGGAAUGAACAAAUUGAGAAAGGACCAGAAUAUGGAACCAUGGAAGCUGCUUGGAAAGGAGUUAAUUUAGAAGCUGAAAGGAGAUGUAAUAUUCAUUUACAAAUUAAGGAUAAAUUAGUUGAAGAUGUUGUUCCUCAAAUAAAACAAUGGCAAAAGGAUAAUUACCAUAAAUCAAUGAUACAAUUAAAGGAGAAAAAAGAUUUCGAUGAUGCCUUUAAAAAAGCUCAAAAAACAUGGGCUAAACAUUUCGAAAAAGUCAACAAAGCUAAAUUAGAUUAUCAUACAGCCUGUAAAAAUGAACGAUCCGCCGUCAAUCAAGAGCGAAAUGCCUCCGGUGAUACUUCACUAUCUCCAGAUCAAGUCAAAAAACUUCAAGACCGAGUAAUUAAAUGUAAAGAUGAAGUCCAGAAGACAAAAGAGAAAUACGAUCAAGCGCUAAAAGAAAUCAAUGAAUACAAUGCCAAGUAUAUUGAAGACAUGACUGUUGUGUUUGAAAAGUGCCAAGAAUUUGAGCAUAAGCGUCUUGAAUUUUUCAAGAAAAUGCUAUUCGCCAUCCAUGGCUGCCUUAAUUUCACCAACAAUCCUGAUUUAUCGUUAAUAUAUGAGGAAUACAGACACACAAUACAAAACGCUGAUGCAUCAAAAGACCUUAAGUGGUGGUCAAACAAUAGUGGUAUCGGUAUGCCCAUGAAUUGGCCUGUUUUCGAGGAAUAUAUUGAAGAGUUUCGAGAUAUAAUUGGUAAAAAUAGCAAGGAAACCCGCAGUAUGAGUGAAACUGGUAUAACCCUUGUCAACCAACAUAAAUUCAACGAGGAAUUGCCUGAAUAUACAUCGGAAUUACAAUUAUCGAAACGAGAGAAACGAAACAUGAAAGGAGAAAUAACAAUAGAACAAGUUAAAUUAACUAAUGAGAUGAACUUGGCGAAUUCAAUGAACAAAUUGAACAAAUCAAUUAGCGACAAACGAGAUUCACACGACUCAAAUGGUAAAACGGAAAGUAAUCCAUUCGAUGAUGACCACGAAGAAUGGGAAGACUAUACAAAUGAUGCCUUAGUCGACAACGGAGAACCAGGAAUACCCGUUCGUGCUCUUUACGAUUACGAAGGUGCCGAAUCAGAUGAACUGUCUUUCAAAACAGGGGAUAUAUUUGAUAAAUUGGAAGAUGAAGAUGAACAAGGUUGGUGUAAAGGUCGAAAGGAUGGACGUGUUGGUCUUUACCCUGCGAAUUAUGUAACACCGAUCGUAAAAUAGACUGUUUAAACUCUUGAUUGACCUUUUUAUCUGUUAAUUAUCAUCAUCACUUUACCUCUUUUUGACCUUGGAGAACAUCAUAGAGAAUCGAAAGUCAAAUCAACAUACUCUUCGAACAAAGAAAAAGCUUCCUCAUCAAAUCUUCUGCAUCUAUUUUGGAAAAAAAAUUACCUUCGGAAACAAAGGAAUCAGCAAAUGUUUUAUUAAUGAGUGAAUCAAAUCAACCAAACAACAAAACCUCAGGAAACCUCACAAUAGUCAUCAUUAUCAUCUCAAUUAUCAUGUGAUCAUCUUAAUCAACUAUCAUUCACAUUGACAUUUUAACUUGUUUAUUUUCAAGUUUGAAGCCUCUCCAAUAGUAAACAAACAUCAACAUAUUAAAAUACAUUAUCUAUUAGAUGUCACUUUUUAAACGAAACUGACAUUUAGCACAUAAUGUAUUUGGUGACAGUUCAAUUUAAUUUGAUUAGUGUUGAUUCAAUCAAAACAAACAACCAAAAGUUUGAUUUUUUUUGUAAAGUAUCAACUUCAAAUCUAAUCUUUAUUUAAUUUUAAUUUGUGAUUGUCACCAUUUCCAUCUAGAUAGUUUCUCAAUGAGUCUCAUGUUUUCUGUUUCGUUUUUCAUGACACACAAUAAUUUUAUUGAUUUACAUGGUCAAUCGAUUAAUGAACUUUUACUCUGAUCGUUUCAAUGGCCAUUAUACAUAUAUUUCAUCUAAUAUUUAUCAUAACAAAUCAUAAUUACUAUUAUGAUUACUCAUGAUUAAUACAUUUUCUAAAUGCAGGAACAAUCAUUUGAUUGAGUUACAUUGUUUUCUCAUUAUUUCCCUGCAUUUUGAUUUUAUUUGAUUCAGAUUAAUUUAUUCAAUUUUCGCUUAUUGUUGCACAUAUAUUUUAUUUCAAACAAUCAUAUUAUUAGUAUUUUAUUACAAUUUAAUUAUCAUGAUAAUCUCUCACACUUUUAUCAUCAGCACAUUCAUCAAUACAAACACAAAUAAGCAAUAUGAUAUUUACCUUUUUCUUUUUUUUAAUUGUCUAUGUAAAUAAUAUCUUCGCCAGAGUAUUGUUAUCUUCAUCAUCAUCUUUACUUUGAAAGAAAAAGCCAAACUCGAAAAGCAAUGGAACUCAAGGAAAAGAAAUCAUCCCGAUAAAUCAACUGAAUUUCACUAAUUUUAUUAUUAUAACUUAAUCUAAACAAUCAAAUCAAUCUCUUUGUUGAACAUUACGAAUAAUUUUUUUCGGGAGUUGUAUUAAUCUAAAAUUUUCCCUUUAAUCCAAUAUCUUUCAUCACUGACAAUUAAUCCAAUGGAUAGAGAGAGAGAGAGAAAGUGUCAUUCCCUUUACCCUUUCAGUUAAUCUACUGUAAUGAACAAAAUUAAUGUUUACUGUUAAUUGUUGAUAUUUAGAAAUUGUUGGUUUCACUUUAACAACAACAAAUCUAAUUACGUGAGAAAAUUAUUAUUAAUUAUCUCAACUUUUUGAUCUGAUUUUCUCUCCUCAGAUUAACCAAUUCAUUAAUCUAAUCUAAUCUGAAUUUGAAAAUAUUUUGUAUCACAAAACAAUUGCGAAAACAAAAACAAAAACAAAUCUUCCACUAAUUAACUUAAUUAUCUCAAACCACAAUAACAUUCAAAUACCAUUAAUGUGAUAACAACUCUUUCUAUUGAUUAAACAUUGAUCAUUUUCCUUCAA